ACGCGCUUUCCAUCGAAUUUAACGCGCUCAAUCUAAUCCGAGACUUCAAAAACUUAAAUCUUGUUUCUAUAUUUGUGCUAUGUUGUACGAGCUUGACACUGAUUUUGAUCAUGGCCUCCCCGCAAGAUCUUCAGGAGUUAAUGCGACUCAUGACUAUCGGCAUGAGGAUUCCUAUGAAAGAUGCCAUGGGUCGAAUCAAAGAGUUGCAAGCAAAAAAUCUCCGUAGUAUUCAACAGAUAGCCGAGAGUUCUCUCGCAGAUGUUACCUCUGCCAUUAAGGACGCCAAAGCUUCACGAUCCCUUCACAACGCUUGUAAAGCCCGGCUUAAGAAUCCAACGGCAACCAAGCGUUCAGGCUCUAGCCUCGAAAACGUAUCGAAACGAUCGAAGCAGCUUAGAGAUGGAGAGCUCGUCAAUGGACCAGAGCUUCUUUCCCCGCAAGAGGUAGAAGCAUCAUUUACCCUGCCAGUAGAAACCGAUGAACAGAUAAUUGCCGAUACUAUACUCGUGACGAAUCGCACCCCACUAGUCCUUGCUUUCACCGUUGAACUCUUGCGCUAUACGAUGCCUGAACAACCCCCUUCUAGUCGUUUAAGUUUGGCACAGGCUGUCGUAAGUGCUAACUCGAGAAGCAAAGCUGUCUCGCUCGGCAUCGAGAACGGUCCUAGCGCCGAUGAGCAAGGUUGGGGUCAUGGUCAGCCUAGAGUUAGAGUAAUGAGUCGUGAGGUGACAGUGUUGAAAAGAGGCGGCUACGAAUGGAAAGGGGACGAAGAAGUAGGAGACCAUAAACUCGAAAAUGACACAACUGGCAAUCAUAGCACUACAUCAAGCGCGACGGUGACAGGCACUAGCCAAGAUGCAACACCUGAAAUACCCAUCAAUCCUGUAUCGAAGUCGUGGUCAGUCAGUCAACCAGUAACUCUGAAACAGUCAACAUUCGUAGUUCGAGCAAUUCAUAUCACCAAAUCCUCCGAGCGCCAGUCGACGAUGCAGUCAUUAUUUACCGCAAUACCUUCUCUUCAGAACGCGAGUCACAAUGCUUGGGCGUACCGACUUCGAGUACCUACAAACUUAUUUGGUGCAACUACGAUUAAGGAAGAGUCAUUUGAUGAUGGCGAGAGUGGCUGUGGCGACUUUUUACUCAAGAAUAUGCGAGAGUUGGAUGCUGUUGACACACUCGUGGUAAUGACUCGUUGGUAUGGCGGCAUCAUGCUUGGUCCUGAUCGGUGGCGUAUAAUGCGAAAUUGUUUAAAGGAUGCGUUAGCAGAACGUCUUCGAGUUACUGGGGAGCAGGCCGCUUUGGGUGGUGAAGCUGUAUGGGGCUUGGACCUUGAAGCCAUGAGAAACAAACCCGGAUCUACCGGGUCGACAUCAAGUAGAUCGUAUGAAGCAGGUGUCGUAGGUAUGCCCAUUCACCGACCCGAGGCAGCGAAAGCAUAUCUUUAUAAGAGCUUUGCUACGAGAGUGGACUUCCCCGAUGACGGCGUGGCUGGAUCCAUCGCCACGGAAGGGCCGGCCGAUCAAAUAGCAGAGGUGUCUGCUUCAAAGAGCGGUACUUCAGCUAGUAAAUCUAUGGUUAAGAAGAAGACGACUAAGGUACUACAACUAGAGAAGGAAGAAAAUGUCGCUAGAUUACUCGGCGCCAUACGUCUCUUGUAUGACAGCUGGGUAGAUCACCUUACCAUUGGUGAGCUCGACAGAAGAGCUUGGGGUUGGUAUGUCGCCGUACGACCUGAGGUCGAAAGUGGACCUUCUGGUUGGGGAGCUAAAGGGCAGCUGAAGCUCGCCACCAUCCUUGCCCUUCGAAGAAAAGAAGGAUGAAUGAAGAUACCCAAUUAUGCACAAAAACACGUUACUUAUCUAGGGCCAAUUACGUACAGAGUGAGAAUUGUCAGACCUAGCCCAUGCAGCUAUGGUCCAAAUUCCUAAAACGUAUACCGAAGUCUCACUUGCCAAAUACAACUUGAAGCUCUUACCGGACCGAUUAUUAAGAUCAUAGCUCUAAAGAGGGUGGUUCGUAUAAAUCCAUCUGCCUACCUACCUAGUACCUAUCUAUGUCCGAUCAGCUGUCUUUUUCCCUUAUAACUUCUACACAAGAGACCAGAAUAGCCCAUUGAGCGAAUUUCAGAUUGAUAAGAAGAUACAGGGAAAAGGGGUAUAGAGAGAAUGCUUAACUGCUAAAUUGUGUGUCCA